UUAAAGAAUUCAUUCUCUGAACCUUUCUCCGUCCGUUCUCUUCCCUUCCGUUCCAUUUCCGUCAUCUUCUUCCUCUCUGCAACAAUGGUAAAUCAAUGAUUUUUUGUUUCUUAAAUUACAAAAAUGGUUUUAUCAGCUGCAGUCACAAUAACGACCCUAUUCAAUCCAUCAUCAUCAUCAUCUUCUUCUUCUUAUUCUUUCAGUUCCCCUAUUUUCCCAAAACCUAACACCUUCACUCCUUCCAAAUCCAACGCCGUUAACGCUCUAUGCACCAAACCCAAACUCCGAUCCAACGUCGCCGACAAGCUAAACAACAUCGCCUCCGAGUUCACCUCUCUCUCCCAACCCAUCGACCGCGUCAAACGCCUUCUCCACUACGCCUCCCUCCUCCCGCCCUUCCUUGACGUCGACCGGGUUCCGGCCAACCGAGUCGUCGGCUGCGCCACCCAGGUAUGGGUGGUGGCUGAGAUCGACGAGCGGCGGAGGAUGCGCUUCCGCGCCGACAGCGACUCCGAGAUUUCGAAAGGCUUCUGCUGGUGUCUGGUCUGGAUUCUCGACGGCGCGAAACCCGAGGAGGUCCUCAUGGUCGAGAGGGAAGAUUUGGCCGACGUCAAUGUCGGAUUGGGGAUGAGUCUCAAGGCUCACUCCCGGACCAAUACGUGGCACAACGUUUUGUUCGCCAUGCAAACUGCCGCCAAAGAUUUGCUCUGAUUUCACUUUUUCCCUCUCACGCAAAUUUUGUAACAAUAGUUUUUCAUCUUCUCUUAAACUUGCCUUGGUUUUAUCGCAUGUUUGAUUAUAGCAAUGCAAAUUCCAUUCUACCGGGAUAUGCUGGACAUAUAUCUAUUUC